AUGACGCAUCGUCGGCAACGGUCGCGACGAGUCUUAGAUCUCACGGCACUGCUGGCUAUGGUCUCGACCUCGUCGGCUGUCAACUUAACUCAGUUCCAGCUCAUUAUAUCCAACAGCAUACCGAAAAGCUGCAUUCGUGCCUAUCAGACGGAAAUAGACGGCUGCAAGGUUGAUGAUUUCACAGGUGGUAGACAAUGUUCGGCAAGCUGUGUGAAGGGAGUCCAGCAGGUGCAGGAUCUUGUACAAGAAGCUUGCGGGGAUCUUAAUGUCAGCCACAAGUCAUUGCUCGGGAUCGUGUUGUCGGGUGAUUUAGUCGAUACUCUUUGUCCUGGUCAGGAUCCGACGUCGGUCACUACGACCGUACAACCAUCGUCGACCAAGGGGGGAUCCUCAACAAUCGUCACGGCGCCGACAAGUUCCCCGACGGACACGAGCCGCACUACCGAAAAGACGACAUCUACGACGUCAAGCACGAGUGCAAGUGCAAGUGCAAGUGCAAGUGCAAGUACCAGCGCCAGUGGCCAAUCCACAACAACUCAAUCUACAACAGAUCAAGAAAUAUCAUCACCAACAGCCACGGCUACCAACUCGCCUACCGAUACUACAUCGAAACAGAACACGGCACAGCCUACUACGCCGAGUGAGCCGACGCAAUCAACGUCGUCUGACGCUGGUGCGCCAAUACCUUUUUUCGCCGGUGCGCCAUUUGAUACUUUACCUCCAGAGCAAGGCUUGAGCACGGUUCUCUCACCAAGAUAUUGCAAGGAAGCCCUAGUAGUUGCGAUAUGUGCUGCUAUGUUAUUGUUGCGGUAG